AUGGCGAGGACGGCUCCGGGGCUGCUCAGGCAUCUGUGUGACGCUGCAGCGCUGUGCCAGGCGAAGAGGAGCCUUCGCGGCAGAGCUGUAGACGGCGGCGUGAGGCCUUUCUUUGGGCGGUUCUUCCUCCCCCUCCCCCGCCCACCCCUUCCCGGUGCUUGUUCAGGCCUUAUUCAGGCCAAAAGUCGUUCGUUGGGCCGAAUGGCCUUGGCGGAGCGGGUCGCUUCUGAGCGGCGGUGCGGCGGGGAGGGAGCGGAAGGAGGCAGUGGUGCGUCCAAGGAUGGAGUGCCGCAGGAAGAGGAGCAGAGUGACGAGCCCGAUGCGGUGGUGGUGGUGCCACCUGCAGGGGAAGGUUCUGGGCAGUGCCUGUUUUUGUUACCGGCUUUUGUGGAUUUGGCUAAGGAAUUAGGGGUACCGUUGGCUCCUGAAAAGACUGAGGGCCCGGGCACGGUUCUUACGUUUUUGGGCAUCGAGCUUGAUACGGUACGCCAGUUCUCUAGGCUGCCCGAAGACAAGCGAGUGAGCCUUUUAGCCCGGAUCCGAGCAGUUGUGGUUAAGCGCAAGGUCACCUUAUUGGAGCUACAGCAGCUCGUAGGCCACUUGAAUUUCGCUUGGUCAGCUUAUGAGGAGGCACUCUUCCACAGUGCCUCAUUGAUGGCCUUUUUUGGGGCCUUUAGAGUAUCCGAGCUGGUGACACUCUCCCGCAAUGAUGUUUCCACAAGGGCCCUGCAGUUUAGGGAUGUUACUUUGUUCAGCGACCGGGUGGAGUUUAGAGUCCGCCGUUCAAAGACGGAUAAGAAGCAGCAUGGCUGCACUGUGAAGAUUGGAACUUGCGCUGAAUGUGUUUCCGAGCCUUCCAGAUGGCCAGAAGCCACCUUGGAGGUGCCCCGGCAAAAAGCUACCACUUUUGACCUUUUUGAGGCGGUUGGAGUGGCCCAGAGGAUGGGCGUACUGACUAAUCAUUAUCAGCAUGUCUUGGCCAUGGCAUUUGCUGUGAAGGAAAUCAAUGAAAAUCUUCUGAUCUUACAAAACAUUACCUUGGGCUUCCACAUCUGGAACAGCUACUUUAAUGCAAGAGGGACUUAUCGUGCCACAGUAGAACUUGUCUCAACCAAGAACAGAUUUCCCCCUAACUACAAGUGUGACAGCAAGAACAAUCCUAUAGCAGUCAUUGGAGGACUUGAAGCUGAAACUUCCCUCUACAUAGCAAGUGUGUUAGCUGUCUACAAUAUUCCACAGACACAGCCUGCUUCUAUCUGCACUGCAAGUUGCCAGCCAGGUUACAGGAAGGAAAUGAAGGAGGGAAGACCAUUCUGCUGCUACGGCUGCGUUGCAUGUCCAGAAGGAAAGAUUUCCAGUCAGAAGGACUUGGACGAGUGUAUCACUUGCAGAGAAGAUGAAUCCUCAAACAAGGAAAAAAAUCAGUGCAUUCCCAAAGCCAUCACUUUUUUGUCUUUUAAAGAGCCAUUGGGGAUCACUUUAGUGACUUUUGUCUUUUCCUUUUCUUUCAUCACUCUUUUGGUGCUAGGAAUCUUUAUAAAGCACCAUAGCACCCCCAUUGUCAAAGCCAACAACAGGAACCUCACCUAUUCUCUCCUGAUCUGCCUUCUCCUUUGCUUCCUUUGUGCUCUGCUCUUCAUUGGUCAACCACAUAUAAUGUCCUGUCUCCUCCAACAAGUCAUUUUUGGCAUAGUUUUCUCAGUUGCUCUUUCUUGUGUACUGGCAAAAACUAUUAUGGUGGUUUUGGCUUUCCUAAGCAUUCAGCCAGGAAGCAGCCUGAGGAAAUGGGUGGGGAAAAGAGUGGGCAAUACAAUUGUGAUUUCCUGUUCCCUUUUCCAAGCAGCCCUUUGCUUUAUGUGGCUGGCCACUUCCCCCCCAUUUCCAGAUGUUGACAUGCACUCAGAGGCUGAAGCAGUUGUACUGGAAUGCAAUGUGGGAUCCGUCACAAUGUUUUACUGUGUCCUGAGCAAUAUGGGUUUCCUGGCCAUUUUUAGUUUUGUGGUGGCUUUCUUGGUCAGAAAGUUACCUGACAGUUUUAAUGAAGCCAAAUUUAUCACCUUCAGUCAAUUGGUCUUUUGCAGUGUUUGGAUAUCUUUUGUUCCCACCUACCUGAGCACCAAGGGAAAAUCCAUGGUUGCCGUGGAGAUCUUCUCCAUUUUAGCCUCCAGUGCUGGCCUUCUGGGUUGCAUCUUUGCCCCUAAAUGUUUCAUUAUUAUGUUGAGGCCUGAGUUGAACAACAGGGAACAUCUGAUAAGAAGGAAAGGACAAUAA